UCUUUGUCUCAUUCUCUCCUUCUCUUUCUCUUUCUCUUCUUUAUAAAGAACCAUUCUCACCAACCUCUUCAUUCCUCAUUCCUCAUCCCUCAUCUCCCAUUCCGUCCUCCUCCUCCUCAUUCAUCUUCCUUCCCCUCCCUUUCUUGCAUCUACCUACAUAACGUCCCUUCCCUCUCUUUGUUCUGUAACACAACAUUGUACAUAAGAUUCUCUUGUAAUACCCAAUUUCCCUAUUCUUCUCUCCACAACCCAUUGCUUACUGAACAACUAACUAAUCUCAAAGGAAAAAGGAAGAGAAAAAAAAAAUGUUCAAAGCCUUUGAGACGUGGACAACACGUCGCUACGCAUUCUUCAUCAUCUGGUUUAUCCUCCAUGUUAUUCUCUUCAUCUUUGGUGUCCUUCGUGUCAAAUUGAACGAUGACCUCAUCAACCUGAAUGCACCCCUCAACUGGUCUCUCUGGGUCGCCCGUGGUGGAGGCAUGUGUCUUAUCUGGGAUUGUUGUCUCAUCUUGCUCCCUGUCUGCCGUAAUAUCCUCCGUAUCCUCCGUGUAUCCUUCAUCAACAAGUUGAUUCCCAUUGAUGAGAACAUUUGGUUCCACAAGAUCACCGCAUACUCCAUCCUCUUCUGCACAAUCGUCCAUACCAUUGGUCAUUAUGUCAACUUUUACAAGAUGGAUCGACUCUAUCGACAGAACCCCACUGGCCCUUUUAACUUGACAGCAGCUGAACUCCUUUACAAAAGCCCUGCAGGUAUCACUGGGCACAUCAUGUUGCUCUGCAUGGCGCUCAUGUACACCACUGCAAAACAGACUCAACGCCACAAGUCAUUCGAAUCCUUUUGGUAUACUCAUCAUCUGGCAUUCAUCAUGUUGGGCGCCCUGAUGUUCCAUGGUAUUGGAUGUAUUGUCAAGGAUCAACAUGGCAGAUGCAGAGGUUAUGAUUCUUAUCAAUAUUUGGCGAUCGGAUACGUGCUCUAUGUUAUCGAGCGAGGCAUUCGCUUUUACCGUGCUCGUCUGGACACUCGCUUGGUCAAGGCCAUUCAACACCCUGCUGGAGUCAUUGAGUUGCAGAUUCAAAAGCCCUCGUUCUCUUACAAACCUGGUCAAUACAUGUUCAUCAACGUACCUGACGUUAGCAAAUACCAAUGGCAUCCUUUCACUAUCACAUCAUCACCCUUUGAGGACUAUGUCUCAGUUCAUAUCCGCCAGGUCGGUGACUGGACCCGUGCUCUCGGAACUCGUUUGGGUGUUGAGAGAGAGGAACGUGGGGGUAAACGGGAUGGUGCUGGGGCAGGGAAAGGAGCAGGGCGCGGUGCUCAGGCUGGAAACCCACGUCCCGAGAAGAAUCUUGAGCUUGUUGAUGAUCGAGGACAGGAAAUUCGUGUACGAGCAGGAUUUGCUAUGCCAAAGGUCCAGAUCGACGGACCCUUUGGAGCACCUACAGAGGAUGUCUUUGAUCAUGAGAUUGUGGUCCUGGUCGGCUCUGGUAUCGGUGUGACGCCAUUUGCUAGUAUCUUGCGUGACAUCUGGUACCGUGCCAAUAACAAUAUGCCUCUCAAAACCCGACGUGUCGAGUUUUACUGGGUCUCUAGAGAUUUGGCCUCCUUCAAAUGGUUCCAGUCAUUGUUGGCGACGAUCGAACAAUCGAUGUUGAACGUCAAGCUCAAGAUCAAUAUCUAUUGUACUGCAGUCAUGAAACCUGAUCAGCACCACAAUAUUGCACUUCAUAUGCAGGAUGAGUACACAGGCGGAGAUACCAUCACGGGCUUGCAGGCACUCACCAAUUUUGGGCGUCCUAACUUUGGGGCCAUCUUUACAGAUUUGAGACAAGGCAUCACUGAUGGCACCUACUUGCCAGGUGCAAAUCAAGAACUUGUGGUAGAUGUCGCUGUCUUCUUUUGUGGGCCAGGCGCAAUGGCCAAGGCUUUGAGAAAGGAAUGUAGGGUCCAUAGCAAGAACGGUGUCAAAUUCUCGUUCAGGAAAGAGCACUUUUAAUAUA